GGCUCUGACAGUCCCUCCGAUCUUCACUUGCGUUUGACAAUAAGCCACCGGGCUACAUUCGCCGCAGGUUUCUGACUGUCGGAGCUUGGCUUAGGAGCGUGCCGUAGUGGCCCCGGCAGCGCCCCUUUCGCCUGGGGCUCAGAGAUCGCUUCCGAAGGCGUCCAGUUUGUGGAUCUGUGUUGAGGGGACUUCGUAGGGGGGCCAAGCUGUGCGAAUCACAGAGCAUCCCGGAGCCCCGGCUGCUCAUGGCGGGAGACGUUAGGGACAAAUUGGAAGACAUGGCUUCCGUCUACGAGUUCGACCCCAUCACGGGCAAUAUUCCGGCAACUAAAGUGGAAAUUACAGUUUCUUGCAGGAAUCUUUUAGACAAAGACACCUUCUCGAAAUCGGACCCAUUGUGCGUCCUGUACACCCAGGGGGUGGAGUCUAAGCAGUGGAGAGAGUUCGGGAGAACAGAAGUGAUCGACAACACACUGAACCCCGACUUCGUCCGGAAGUACAUCCUGGACUACUUCUUUGAGGAGAAGCAGAAUCUUCGCUUUGACUUGUACGAUGUGGACUCCAAAAGUCCGGAUCUGUCAAAACAUCCCCACGAAUUCAACGACUUCCUGGGCCAGAUGUUCUGCACCCUGGGUGAGAUUGUGGGGUCGCCAGCCAGUCGGCUAGAAAAGCCUCUUGGGGGCAUUGCGGGGAAGAAGUGCGGAACGAUCAUCCUGUCUGCCGAGGAGCUGAGCAACUGCAGGGACAGUGCCACAAUGCAAUUCUGUGCCAAUAAGCUGGACAAGAAGGACUUUUUUGGCAAGUCCGACCCCUUCAUGGUGUUCUUCAGGAGCAACGAGGAUGGAACGUUCACCAUCUGCCACAAGACGGAGGUGGUGAAGAACACGCUAAACCCCGUGUGGCAGCCCUUCACCAUCCCGGUGCGGGCGCUCUGCAAUGGCGACUACGACAGGACGAUCAAGGUUGAGGUUUACGACUGGGAUCGGGAUGGCAGCCACGACUUCAUUGGCGAAUUCACAACGAGCUACCGGGAGCUAGCACGGGGCCAGAGCCAGUUCAACGUCUACGAGGUGGUAAAUCCGAAAAAGAAAAUGAAGAAAAAGAAAUAUGUGAAUUCGGGAACGGUGACGCUGCUGUCCUUCUCCGUGGAGUCAGAGUGCACCUUCCUGGACUACAUCAAAGGGGGGACCCAGAUCAAUUUCACUGUAGCCAUUGACUUCACUGCAUCUAACGGUAACCCCUCCCAGUCCACCUCACUGCACUACAUGAACCCCUACCAGAUGAACGCCUAUGCCAUGGCACUCAAGGCCGUGGGUGAAAUCAUCCAGGACUAUGACAGCGACAAGAUGUUUCCGGCCCUGGGCUUUGGUGCCAAGCUGCCCCCGGAUGGACGGGUGUCCCACGAGUUUCCCCUGAAUGGUAAUAUAGAAAAUCCAUACUGCAAUGGCAUAGAGGGGAUUUUAGAAGCCUACCACCAAAGCCUGAAGACAGUGCAGCUCUACGGACCCACCAACUUUGCCCCAGUUAUUAAUCAUGUGGCCAGGUAUGCAGCAGCCGUACAGGACGGGUCUCAGUACUUCGUCCUCCUCAUCAUCACAGAUGGCGUCAUAUCAGACAUGGCGCAGACCAAGGAAGCCAUCGUCAACGCUGCUAAACUUCCAAUGUCUAUCAUUAUCGUUGGGGUGGGACAGGCCGAGUUUGACGCUAUGGUGGAGUUGGAUGGUGAUGACAUCAGGAUUUCUUCCCGUGGGAAGUUGGCAGAACGAGACAUUGUCCAGUUCGUGCCCUUCCGUGACUAUAUGGACCGGACGGGUAACCACGUCCUGAGCAUGGCCCGGCUGGCGAAGGACGUCCUGGCCGAGAUCCCUGACCAGUUCAUCUCCUACAUGAAGUCGCGGGGCAUCAAACCCAAUCCGUCGCCACCCCCGUACACGCCGCCCGGACUUCUUCUCCACACACAGAUCUGAGCUCACUUGCCAGGAGUGGCGGAGGCGGAUCCCCACAGAACUUUGGGACGUCUGUGGACUUCAGCUGGACUUCCUUAUGGAACAGAGACUUCGGAAGGGAGAGAGGUUUCUGUUGUUUGAGUUUAUUUUUCUUGGAGGGAUGGGACAGGUAGGACUUGGCAAAGUGAUUUUUCGAAAAUGUCGAUCAGAAUGAUGGUGUUUCUGGAUGUCUGGAACAUCGAACAGCGUGCAGAGGAGCUGGAGAAGGAGUGGACUGUGUUAGUGGUUUAAACUUGUGCCGUGUGUGGUUAUCUAAAUGUUCUGGGGCGUUUCGCGCUCCUCUGGUCUGUGAAACCGCUCGCCAUAACUGUUCUUCAGCAUGUCUGUGGCUGCUAUUCGUGGACACUUUUCUGAACUGUGUCUUUCGAAAAUAUCCACACAACGAUUCCUUAAAUUUCAGCUACUGAAUAUGGGGAAUAUGCAUACGAUGCUCAAAGUCUUGUUUUUACAGCUUGCUCUGGCAUUUAUCUAUUAUUUUUUUUACCAGGUCAGUGAUCCAUCUGACAUUCCAUGGAACACAGUACAGUUACAAAAUGGAGUGUCAGGCUCCUCCAGCAGGGAGACUGUGGAGAACAUACUGUUCAUUAUGCCCAAAUGUGAAAAAUGUUUGUUACUUUUUCAAGGAUGAAUAAGGCGCACCAAUGUCUUUUGAUAAUGCACCAUGGAAUUUGAAUAAUGUCAGUAAUUUAAUCACAGUAUGUUCCGAGUAAUGGUCAUAAUAUGUCUUAAUGGACAUGAUGUUUUGGUCAGGCACCCUCCUGUACUGAUAUGGGAUUUUUGGAAAGCAUUUUCAUAACUGCAUUUUGUAUUAGAGAGUUUCUAGAGCAUCUGGUCUGCCAUUGCUGUUCAUGCCACCCGACAUUUUGCCCACACGCCUCGAGGUUAUAUCACGGGGAUGGGGUCGUGACCCUUGCUGGGUCUCCCGCCUUUUAGCGCCACUCAAUGGUAGCGAUAAAUAGCUACUUGAUAAGCCACGUUUUCCGAAGCAUUUCUCCCGUCUGCAGCCGAUACGGCAGGACAUGCCGGAAGCUCUUUCUUCAGGAAACACUCCAGGGAUUAAGCUCCUCUAGGCCUCAGCCGCUGACUCUCAGAUGCUUAUUUUCUUGUUAAGAUUAUAAUAUGGGAGGCAGUGUUUUGGAUGCACAUGGUGACAGGUAUAGCCCGACCUCAGUUUUUUUACUGACAGAGAUUCAGGACACUAACAUCUUGGGGACGCAUGUACCCAGAGUACUAUGUUCACCAUUGUUUAAUAAUUUUUUUCACUUUGCUCCUAUUCUUUAGGGAAGGUUCCCUACAGCUUUUAAUGAACUGUGGAGAACUCCUUGUCUCAAUGGGAUUCCAGUGAGAAUUAAUGAAGUAUUCAUCAAAAUGAAAAAUCCACUUCCCUUAUAAUCUGUAAAAAUAAGACUUCCGACGAAGUGUUCCUCUACCUUAUGGGGACAACACAGGUUCCAUCAAGGCUAAAAACAGGAUGAAUGGAUUUAGCGGCCAGGUUCCAGCUGCACUCUCAGUUGCAUGUAGGAACCGGUAAUUUUCGAAACAUGAAGGUUAAUUUGUAGGUGUUAUUUUCCCUGCAUGUCACACAAUCAUUGACGGCCACCUUUGUUGUUUGAUUAUUAUUAUUGUUAUGGUGAUUAUUAUGUGCCAGAGGUCUGUCACGGGGGCAGAGCCGCAAACAAAUUCACAAGUACUCGGCACACAAAGACUUUUUCCGUGUUCCAGUGCUAUUCCGGCGCUGCACUCAGCUGACCCCAUUUACAGCUCUGCCCAGUUAAUUAGCGCAGCCAACGGGAUGUCAUUAAUUGUGGAGUCUGUGAGCAAGGUGCUGGUGAGCAACUACCAUGGAAACGUGAAGGAUCGACAGAACCCAGCCCUGUUCUAUUCAUGCAUCCCAGUCAAAUAAAGCACAGUAUAUGUUUUUUUUAAAAAAAAGAAAACAUUUAAAAAGAGGGGGAUUAAUUAGCAAUCGGAGCAAUUUAGAUGAAAUGUGAGUUAAUGAUUUUUAACUAAUGUGACUCACAUUUGGAGUGUUGGGCUAUUUAACAAUAUUUAUGGCACCUGAUUAGGCUCCCAGAAUCACAAGCAUAUGAAUUUACCUGCUGAGUUUCUGGAACAGAGGUUUUCUUUCUCCUGAUCCACACACUCGUCUUUCACUGUCGCGACAUUUCGCUGUGGAGCCGUGCGAUUUGCGCAGCGGCUUCACUGUGGGACUAGAUUUAAAUGCGUCAGUUUUGUAAAAAUGUUCCUUCUGGAAAUGGAAACGAGGACAAUACUAAUGAUGGUAGAGAUGCUAUCAGUAUGGAUGACCGGACUGGGUAACCCAAUCAGAUAAUCUGUGGACAAACAGGUCUUUUGCCUGAGUGAACCAGAAUCACAUAAAACACAGACAUCAUCAUUGUUUUGACGAAUGGCAUAAAUACUUAAUUUAUCUGCUAUGUUGCAAGUCAUUAGGAAAUUGAUUAGAACAGUUAAGGUUGUCUUUGAAUAGAUCCACAUUAUUCAGUGUUAAACACAGAACAUAAUCAUUUAACAAGUCAUUAAAUUUACGUUCGAUACUUAUAUACAAUUAGUAAUAAAUAGAGAGAUUUUUAUAGUUUUUCUGGACAUACUGUAUGUAGUGGGUGAUUUUUUUGGAAGAUUUAAAGUGUGAUGUUAAGGUAUUAGGGAUGCGUUGAUGCAAGAAUACCAGUUGUUUCAUUUUGUUUUGCAUUCCCAACGUAGUGUUUUUCCCCAUUAGGCAAAGUGUCACUCCGCGAUCCUCUGGGGACAAAGCGGACUUUCAGCUGCUGGUGGGGUGACAGGCCCCGCCCACAUUUGUAACAUACUGUACCAAGCCAGGAUAUCUGGCAAACGUGCAUGUUUGCGUUCAAAAUGGCUGCACGUCCACUGAGUCGCUGCACUUCCUGUGUCUUGUGCUUGGCACUUCCUGUUUUUGACUUGUUUCUAUGGCGAUUAUUCUAAUGGAAAACUAUAGCCGCCCAGCAUGUCACAAUUGUUAUGGUUUUUCUUUUCUCCUUUUUUAUUUAUUAUUUAUUUCUUAUUAUUUUUUUUGCCAUUCUAGUGCUUUAUUG